AUUGGCGCCGAUAUACCAGCGCUUAACUAACCGGACAACCGUUGACUGUCAGUGCUAUCUGUGUGUAGUAUUGUGUGCAUUAGUGGUGACCGUAGCCGUGCGACCAGUGACCACACAUCCAGUGACCAGCGGUGGGACGGCAUCGGAUCGGCCGUUGAUAGCGCUCAGCGAUGGCAGAAUAUGCCGACUAUCACCAGGCGAUGGCUCAACACGCGGCCAGUCUCGCCAACUCCAACCAAUUGCACCCAACCAUCGGUCAGCUCCAGAUGCAACAGAUGCUGUCCAGCGGACUCAACCUCACAGUAAUGUCUGGAGGCCUGACAAACAACAACACGGGUCAGCACCACCUGACCGGCCACGGGGGCCAUCACGUGAUGUACGCCAACGUGCAGACGGCGAGUGGUGGUGGUGGCGGCGGAGGAGGAGGCUGUGCCUCUCCAGGGGUGCGAGGUGGCGGCGGAGGACACGGCAGUCACAAGAAGCAGAAGAAGCCCAAAGUGAAUAAAGACGGCGUCCCCGCGCCCAAGAGGGCCACCACUGCUUACAUAAACUUCACUCAAUGGUAUAGAGAAGAGUUAAAAAAGGCCGGUCGACCCAUCCCUAAGAUUUAA